AUGGAACCAGCAUAUUAUCCUCAGGCUCAGAAUGAUUUGAUAUCCAAGAAGGAUAAGAAGAGAGCUACUGUACAGAAUAAGCUAAACAAGAUUGAUGAGGGCUUCAAAUAUGAAAAAGAUUACCAUUAUCGUACCAUGUUGCAAGAUUUACAAAGAUCAUUAAGUACCAUACAUCAAGGAACAAAUGAAGUACUUGUGGAACGUGUUAAAGAUUUUGAAGAAAGAAGAGAUUAUGACUUAGUUGAAUUGAGGCUAUGGGAAGAAUACCAAGUGAAAAGAACCGAAAGGGAAUUUACUGAAGAAGUUGAAAAGGCAAAUAAUGAACAUGAUGAGAUGGUAAAAUUAGUUAAAGAAAAAUUAUAUGCUAAUUUAGAAAAACAAAUUAAACUAUUGAAAGAAGAUAAGAUACUACUGGAUUUAGCAAAUUCACAUUCUUAUAAUAUGGACACCACGUUAACAAAUCAAAAUGAUUAUCAUAAAAAUACAAGAUCUUCAAAUUCUCUCAAAGAUAGUUCCAUAAGUUCUAUUGGAUAUUUAAGUGAUAGAAGAGGUUUAAGAAGACGUGAACCAAACUAUAAUAGUACAAACAAUGAUGAUAGUCAUCUAAGUGCAAAUGAUUCAGGUAAUAACUCAUCAUCUAAAAAGAGAAGAAAACCAAAUGGAACAGGAAACAGUUCAGCUGAGGAAACUUAUCAAAGUGAUGCUGGUGAUUUAAGUUCUAUAUUGUUUGGUGAAAAACCUGAGAAAGUACACACCAGACAUUCAUCUAAGGCAUUUGUUCCGCCUAUUGGGUUGAAAACUGAAGAAAUUAAUGACGAUUUAGCAUUGAUGAAAAAAUGA